UUGAGCAGGGAAGAAAUCCACAGGAACUCACUUGUCUCCUGGUCUGCAGAGAAGACAGAAUCAACAUGAGCACAGCAGGAAAAGUCAUCAAAUGCAAAGCAGCUGUGCUAUGGGAGUUAAAGAAACCCUUUUCCAUUGAGGAGGUGGAGGUUGCACCUCCCAAGGCCCAUGAAGUUCGUAUUAAGAUGGCGGCUGUAGGAAUCUGUAGCACUGAUGACCACGUGGUUAGUGGUACCAUGGUGACCUCACUUCCUGUGAUUUUAGGCCAUGAGGCAGCCAGCAUCGUAGAGAGUGUUGGAGAAGGGGUGACUACAGUCAAACCAGGUGAUAAAGUCAUCCCACUGGUUGUUCCUCAGUGUGGAAAAUGCAGAAUUUGUAAAACCCCAGAAAGGAAGUACUGCUUGAAAAACGAUGCGAGCAAUCCUCGGGGGACCAUGCAGGAUGGCACCAGCAGGUUCACCUGCAGGGGGAAGUCCAUUCACCACUUCCUCGGUGUCAGCACCUUCUCCCAGUACACAGUGGUGGAUGAGAAUGCAGUAGCCAAAAUUGAUGCAGCCUCACCCAUGGAGAAAGUCUGCCUUAUUGGCUGUGCAUUUUCAACUGGUUAUGGGUCUGCAGUCAAAGUUGCCAAGGUAACCCCAGGCUCUACCUGUGCUGUGUUUGGCCUGGGAGGGGUCGGCCUAUCUGCUGUUAUGGGCUGUAAAGCAGCUGGAGCAGCUAGAAUCAUUGCGGUGGACAUCAACAAGGACAAAUUUGCAAAGGCCAAAGAGUUGGGUGCCACUGAAUGUAUCAACCCUCAAGACUACAAGAAACCCAUCCAGGAGGUGCUAAAGGAAAUGACUGAUGGAGGUGUGGAUUUUUCGUUUGAAGUCAUCGUCGGCUUGACACCAUGAUGGCUUCCCUGUUAUGUUGUCAUGAGGCAUGUGGCACAAGUGUCAUCAUGGGGUACCUCCUGAUUCCCAAAACCUCUCAAUGAAUCCUAUGCUGCUACUGACUGGAUGCACCUGGAAGAGAGCUAUUUUUGGUGGCUGUAAGAGUAAAGAAUGUGUCCCAAAACUUGUGGCUGAUUUUAUGGCUAAGAAGUUUUCAUUGGAUGCAUUGAUAACCCAUGUUUUACCUUUUGAAAAAAUAAAUGAAGGAUUUGACCUGCUUCACUCUGGGAAAAG